AUGAAGGUAUUUUAUGUCAUAACGUAUCUUCUACUCUGCUGCAAUGGUGUUCAUUUCCAAGAUACAACAAAAUGGUAUGAGAAUCGUAUGUCAACUGAAGUUGUUCCGCCGUACAAACACGCAUAUGUCGUUAUACAACAACAAAUUUUAAAUCCUUUGAUUCUUGCAGAUGUAGAGAAACUCGAGGACGAUGAAGCAGCCGUAAUUCAACUAGCGAAACAUAUUCACUGCGCAGCAAACGAUAUUCACAAUAAUCUCGGUAAAGCAGUUGCGGCUAGUUCAAACAUUAAUCAGAAAAUUGAAGAAAUACAAGCGCAGACAGUAUCAGCUAUGAGUGUGAAAGAAGAUGAAAUACGUCAACUUGAAUCAAAUAUCCACACUACUAGCGCUAGUAUUCAUUCGACUGAAGUUCAACUAUCUCAAGCUGAGAAUGAUGUUCGACAGAAAGAGAAUGAUGUUAACAUAGCUACUGCAAAUUGGAGGCAAGCUGAACAAGACGUUAACAAAGCGCGUCAUUGCAUUGGUAAACGUUUUCUUGGAAAAAUAGGAGAUAUCGUCAAAAAACCGUUCAAAAUCGUUGAAAAAUCAGUUUGUAGCGUAGUUAAUAAUGGUGGAAUUAACCGUGCCAAAGAUAGACGAAAUGAGGCUGGUAAUGCACUUUCACUUGCUCAAAGAACAGCUGGUCACUUUCGUCAACAAUUGCAUGAUUUAAGAGUAAGAAAAUCAAAUUUUGAUACGCAGUUAAACGAAUUAAAAGCUCGUCUACAUCUGUUGCAAUCCACUCGAAAUGAAUUACAACAGCAACAGAGGCAUACAUCAACAGUUACUAAUCAACUAAAACAGGCUAUACAACAUUUAGAAAGUUUUAAUUCUACAUCAAGUGUACUAGUUACCAUUUUGAAACGAUUAGUUGAAUUUGAUAUUCUAAUUCAACCGCUAAACGCCAUUUAUAACGAAAUGUUGAAUAGUCACAUAAUGGCACAAUUUCCUGAUGGACAAAUUUCGGCUGAAACAAUUCAGCAAGUAAAAGAGAGUGUAGAGAAAUUGUCAGCUAUCCUGCCGACUAUGCCGUUAGUGAACAGUGUAGAGCAGAAUACAUGUGGAAACUGGACAAGUACUGCAAUUUUUAGCUUUAAAUAUAAGUCAACUAUAGCUCCAUCUCCGCCUACGAAUAAUCUUAAACCACAAAUACAACCAUCAUCAGUGCACACUGAACAAAAGAAAAACGAUUUUUCAGAAUUGGCACGAGCGCGUAUCCGUGAAGCUUUGCAACAAUUUAGAGACAGAAUGACAAUGCCGGACAGCCAUCUAAAUCGGUCAUCGGAAGUACUAAAACUACUUUCACAAAUCGGUAAAAUUACUAUGGAGGAGACUGAGAACGAUGUCGAAGACUAA